AUGGGGGGGACCCCCUCAAACCCUCCCGGCCGGUUUCGGGGUGCAGCAGGUGCUUUUAUUACAUUUGUACAUCAGCGGGGCCCCCCCGGAUCUUUAUGGCUUGUGCUGGGGGAAAGGGGGGGCGGGACCUCCAAAUUUGGGUUUGGGGGAGGGGGACAGAACCCCAAAAGUGAGCGGUUGGGGGGGCUGGGACCCCAAAACCAGGAUUUGAGAAGGACUGGGACCCCAAAGGAUUUGAGAAGGACUGGGACCCCAAACCCAGAAUUUGGGACCCCAAAAUCGGGAUUUGGGAAAGACUGGGACCCCAAAACCGCAAUUUGGAACCCCAAACCCAGAGCUCAAGACCCCAAAACCGGGAUUUGGGGAGGACCAGGACCCCACAACUGGGGGUGCAGGGGGGGUCAGGACCUCAAACCGAGGGUCCGGGGGGCCAGGACCCCAGAAUUGGGGGUUCAGGGGGGGUCAGGAACCCAAACCUGUGGUUUGGGAAGGACCGGGACUCCACAAUUGAGGUUUGGGGGGGGCCAGGACCCCAAACCCAGAGCUCAGGACCCCAAAACCAGAAUUUGGGAAGGAUUGGGACCCCAAACCUGGGUCCAGGACCCCAAAACCGGGAUUUGGGAAGGACUGGGACCCCAGAAUUGGGGUUUAGGAGGACCAGGACCCCAAACUGAGGGUUUCAGGGUGGGUCAGAACCCCAAACUGGGGAUCCAGGGGGGGCCAGGACCCCAGAAUUGGGGGUCAGGGGGGGUCAGGACCCCAAACCGGGGGUCCAGGUGGGUUCAGGACCAUAAAACCAGGAUUUGGGAUGGACCAGGACCCCAACCCAGUGGUCCAGGGGGGGUCACUUCUGCCGGGGCCACUCGGGCUCGCCCCAGGGGAGCCCCUCGUCCGUGGAGGACAUGGUCAGGAGCCCCUGGUGCCACCGGGCCAGCUCGGCGUGUUCCUGGCUACUGGUGGCCAGAGCCCGUAGCCAGCCCUGCAUGUCCUCCUGGAGAGGCAAAAAUGGGGUGAGGGACCCCGAAAAUGGGGUUAGAGGGAGAGAAAAUGGGGUGACGGACACCAAAAAUGGGGUUGGAGAGAUGGAAAAUGGAGUGAGAGGGACCGAAAAUGGGGUGAGACCCCAAAAUUUCCCAAAUUCUCCCAUUUGGACCCAAAAUUUCCCCAAAAUUCCCUUUAGAGACCCCAA